GCCGCAUCGAACUAAGGUAAGGUAGGUAAGCCAUCGCGUGUCAGUGGCUCAGAUGGGGACUUUCACAUGCGUUUCCGGAAUCCUGCAGCUCCUCUCUGCUCAACCCGGCUCUCUGAUUUGCUCAGUCGUACUGUGGUACACAACCUUUGCGAGGAUGGUGUUGGUGAAUCGAGUUACCUAUUUGGGACCUGGCUGGCAUUGCAGAGAUGAUUCUAGAACACUGAAAAAUCAUGAGUUUUCCUGUUCGUCCGGAUGGCUAUUCUACUCCUGAGGGAUUGGGCACCUCUUGGGGUCUGUAAGCAGUGGUCCUGUCUGGGUUGACCGUGGCUACAACUCAGCAACGAAAGCCGGCUAUAUGCUCAGCUACCAACAAGCUCACGGUUUUAUGUGCAUACCUACCAAGUAAUGAACCUC